AUGGACAACCAGCGCAGCAGCCCUGUUCUUAGCAGCUGGCAAUACUACUGCCAAGGAAAGAGCAUGGAAGAGUUGAGGCAUACCCUUUUGUUCACAACUGUGGAGCUGGAACAAACAAGGGUUGCAGUGCAGGAGGAGCUAAGAAAGAGAGAUGAUCAAUUGUCUCAUCUCAAAGAUCUGCUUAACAAAGCUAUCAGAGAGAGAGAUGAAGCACAAGACAAAUGCCAAAGACUUCUCCUUGAGAAGCUGCUUCUCCAACAGCAGCAGCAGCAACAACAACUCCAACUCCAACUCCAACAACAGCAGCAGCAGCAAACAGCUCCUCUGUCUGGAAUUUCAAGCAUUGAAGAUGAACCCAGAAGGGGAAUUGACUCCAACAAUGGCUUUUCUUCCUCAGAUUGUGAAGAAAGCAUUGUCUCCUCUCCAGUUCUUGACCCAAUUCAACCAAACCAGUUGCCAGCAGGACCAUCUGUGCCACACCAAACAGUGGAGCUAGUGCCUGAAAAGCCAUUGCCUGAAAAAGGCAAGCUUUUGCAGGCAGUCAUGAAAGCUGGUCCACUGCUUUCAACCCUUCUCCUGGCUGGACCACUGCCUCAAUGGAGACACCCACCACCACCACUUGAGUCCUUUGAAAUCCCCCCUGUGACCAUUCCUUCACCACAACCUCCAUUGCCCACACAGAUCAUCCACCAAGACUCCUCCUUGAUUAACAGUAAUGGCUGCAACACCAACUGUGGCAUAGUCAACAGGAAAAGAGCCCCCUGUGACGGCUCUGACUCUCCUUCAGAGACCAAGUUCCAAAGGGUUGUUCUUCACUGA